AUGCUUCAGGCACGGGUUACUGCUAAAGGACAAGUUCAUGUAGAAUAUUGUCUAUCUCAUAUUGGCCAUGAAGCGGAUCCCUCUCGUUUAUGGUUGGACAAGUCUAGCGAACAACUAAUUGUAGAAUUGCUAAAGGAAGGAUUUAAUUAUGGACAAGUCAAGCAGAAGAUAAGGGAGAGGUAUAGAAAGCCAGACGGAUCAACUGGGAAGGAAAAUCGUCUUUUCUUCGUAACAGUGGGCGAUAUAAGGGCUAUCAGCCGGCGGAACAAUCUGUUUCCCGGACGACGUGAUCCAAAUGAUUUGAACAUCUCUGGAGAAACGUAUAAACGAAAACAACGUUGGCGACGGAUUCCGGUACUACACUCCAGUUCUAAACGACACAGGCGAUGGAUUUUGUCUUGGUACUUGUUAAUAAAUGAGACACAGCGGAAGUGGCUGGCAGAGUUCUCCCACAGAGGAAUCGGUAUUGACGACACAUUCAAUGUGUCUAUGUACAAGCUGCGGCUUGCCACAAUUAUCGUUGCUGACAACUGCGACCGAGCACUGCCGCCGCUUUCAUGCUCAGUUUUAGGUGCAGUCCAUUUGUCAUGUAUCUUCAGUACUGCAUAG